UAAAUAAAUUCAUAUAAAAGGCAUUCUAUAUUUCAUUAUGUCUACUAUUCGAAGUGACCUAGUUCAUCAAACAAUUAAUAGAGCAUGGGCAUCAUUUGAUUAUAAUACUCAUGGAGACUUACAUACUUCAUAUGAAUAUAUACGACAAGUAAUUCUCACUGAUAGUUCUCUUACGGAGGAUGAAAAAACUGAGGCAAUAAGAUUAAAUAAUAAAGAUUAUGAUCGAGAUAAGAUUAGAUGUAAUACAGGAAUAAGAAGAAUUUGUGAAAAUUGUAAUCAAAAAUGUUUAGCUACAUUACAUUGCGAAUAUUGUGUUCAAAAUUAUUUAAAAGCAAGAUUUUCAAAUUGGACGUCUGGAAAUAAUGAUAUUGAUAAUUUGAUACAAAAAUGUCAAUUGGUAACACUUAGCCCGGGGAUGAUAGUAGAAUGGAUCCCAUAUGAUAAUCUACAAAAUAUUAAACAUCUAACUAAAGGAGGAUUCUCUGAUAUUUAUACAGCAAAUUGGAUUGAUGGAUAUUAUAUUGAAUGGGAUACUAAAAAGCAACAAUUAAUAAGAUUCGGAACUCAGUUUGUAGUACUUAAAGAAUUAGUAAAUGUUGAAGGUGCAAGUCAAAUUUGGUUUGAAGAGGCUAAAUCUCAUUUAAAUAUAAGCAGUAAAUAUCCAAGAAUUGCCAAGUGUUAUGGUUUAACCAAAAAUCCAUCAAAUGGAAAUUAUCUGCUUGUAUUAAAUUGGAAGGAUAUAAAUUUAAGGGAAUAUUUACAACGAAAUAAUAGCCAAAUUACAUGGAAAGAACGAAUUCAAAUCGUUUUUUCAAUAAUUGAUGCACUUCGUUGGAUUCAUAAAGAGAAUUCGAUUCAUAGAGAUUUGCAUUCUGGAAAUAUAUUAUAUUCACAACAAGCAGAUGCUUGGUGUAUUAGUGAUCUUGGAUUUUGUGGUCCUGCAGAUAAAUCAUCAAAAAGUAUAUAUGGAAAUCUUCCUUACAUAGCACCCGAAGUUAUUUCUGGAAGAAAGUAUUCUUUUGCAUCUGAUAUUUAUAGUAUUGGUAUACUUAUGUGGGAAAUUUCGUCUGGACAACUUCCUUUUUAUAAUCAUGAACAUGAUUAUAACCUUGCAAUGAACAUAGUUAAUGGCGUAAGACCAAGAAUAGUACCAGGAACUCCUUUAGAAUAUGAAAAUUUAAUCAAACAAUGUUGGGAUGCUGAUUCACUAAAAAGGCCUAACAUUAAUACACUUUUGAAUAAAAUAAGUGAAAUUAAUGCAUCAUUUCAAAAUAUAUCAGAUGAAUCACAAGCAAAUAAUAAUUUGAACAAAAGUAACUUAAAAAUAAAUUAUACGAGUAAAAUGUUAUUUACAAGUAAAGUCCACCAAUUUGAAAAAUUUCCUGAACCAAGGAAUGCAACAGAAGAAGAACAAGAAGCAUUUUAUAGUAAAUCAUAUGAUUUAAAUAUUCCUGAUAAUUUUGAUGAUUCUAAUUCAAAUUAUGCUAGUACAUCUAAGACAAGCAGCAAAUUAAAAGGAUUUAGUAAAAGAUUAUCUAAAGUAUUUAAACCCCUGAAUAUAAAUUCAAAAAAUGAUAAGUAAAUAUAUUGUUAGUACAAGCGUUUUAUUAAAUAUAAUUUUUUUUAAAAAAA